AUGGUCAAGAAGGGAUAUCUCUCACCCUUGAAGCGUUGUCCCACUGCGAGGCUUGCCAUCCCAGAGGCAAUAUUGGGCUUGUUGAUGUGCUCGCCCCUGUUGAUAUCAUUAAGAUUGAAGCUGAUUUGUUACCCAGUAUACGACCCUGAGGCAUGGGCGGAGGUCUCAGCAGCUGUAAAUGCUCGCCGAGAGAUCGUGGGAGUAGUAGUCUAUGGAAACGCGGAUUCGCCGAUUUCGAAUGCCACCAUACCAAUGCUUCAGCACCUAGCCGGAGCAUCUGCGACAGCCAAAGUCAUGUCCAAAAACAGCAAUACCCAGGUAUAUGGAUACGCAAACGUGGAUACAUACCAGUUUGCCACUCCUUUUCAGGGCACGUUCGAUUAUACCACCGAGGCUGUGUCCCACACCAGGAACCUAGGCUUCCUAAAACCCCUGAUCGGAGGGCCAUAUUUUGAUUUGGAAACCAUCUGGGAGGAGCAUACACAGCAUGAGUUUGAAACACGCUCUGUGCCUCAUACAAUGGCAACUAUGGUGCAAGAGCCAUAUGUAAAUCAUAUUCCCACGUUAACUGGGGGAAUCGGGAGAGCCCAUCUUCAACUUUUUACCAAAACCAUUUUAUUUUCAACAACCCUGCAGACGCUGAACUUGAGCUAA